CUAUGGUCGCCUCAACCCUUUAUUGCAGCUUAAUGUCCUAAUAAUCCUUGUAGUUGGGCCUACUCUGUAGUUCCAUCUGGACCGUUUGAUUCUCAACAUCAGCGUGAUUGCGUUAAGAUAUCGUGAGCCAAACAACUACCCAUAUUAAUCCGUCCACGAUAUUCUUCGUGAUGGUGAUCGAUCGGAAGCCAUUUCCCAUUCCAACCUCCUCUCCUUCUCUGUGUCCACAAGAACCGUAACAACUAACAAGAACCCUUUCUAUCCUUUCCUUCGCUCUCUCGUUCGUAACCAUGGCGAUGGAGAGUUCUCUGGUAGCGGCGGCGAAGAAGAAGGCGAAGAAGAAGGGCACCAGCCAAGGGAAACAAAAGAUCCCCAUCAAGAAGAUCGAGGACCGUGCGCUUCGCCGCGUGGUCUUCAACAAGCUUCGCAGGGACCUCUUUGGCAUGGCCGCAAGGCUCUGCGCCACCACUGGUGCCCGCAUCGCCAUCAUCGUCUUCUCCCCCAGCGGCCGCCUCUUCACCUUCGGCCGCCCUUCUGUCGCCGCCGUCCUUCGCGCUUUCCUCCUCGGUCGCCUGCGACGGCCGGCGGAGCCGGAGGAGGUGCUGCGCGGGCCCGCGUUCGCCGAGGCCGAGGAGCGCGCGUCGACCCUGGAGGCGCCGCAGCGCCGCCUUGAGAGGCUGGAGAAGUUGCGGAGACUGGCGCUCGCAAGAGCCCACGAGUUGGCGAGUGCGAGGGAAGAAGCGGAAGCGGCCUCCAAGACGACGGACGUCGACCCCGUCACUGCUACUCCGGACGACAUCCCUGCCAGAGAUUGAACGCAGGGCGACGUACUUGCGCUGCUGGGAGCGAGGAUUUCGGAGCAACACCAGUAUCAAACACUACUCUGGAUAGCAAUAGAAAUAGCAAGAGGAGAAAAGUAUAGCAAGAAUAAGAGGAGUGGCUUCUCCACUCUUGGUUGUACAUUAGAAGAGAAUAAGGCAGGCAU